UCUAGGAUUAAGAAAUCAUUUCAUUCUGAGAAAAAGUCGAACCAAGAUGAAUUUUUUGCAUUUAUUAAUACUUUCAGUGAAGCGGUGACAGGAUAUUAUUGUGCAAAAUAUGAUGUGUUAAAUGCGAACGCUCAAAGGGGUCUUUCAAAGCUCACUGUAAAAUUAUUAUUGCCAUGUCUGUUAUUCGCUCAAGUAGCAGAAAGUAUUGACGCUGAGACUCUACUUCGAUUAUGGCCCAUUCCAGCAUUCUUCAUAACAACCUCUUUAAUAAGUGGUUUUCUGGGCUUAGUCGGCGGAAAAAUAUUUAAUUUCUCAAAUUCACAAACCAGAUUAAUCGCUACCGGAAUAAUAUUUAACAAUGUGACGUCGAUGCCUAUUGGAUUAAUACAGAGUUUGGCGGCUACUGAAGCGAUUGAGUUUUUGUUAUGGGGUGAGCAUGACAAGCCAAAAAAAGCGUUUGCUCGUGGUGUUUCUUAUGCGUUAUUAAAUACUUUAUUGGCGAAUAUUCUGAGAUUUAGUCUUGGUACGUGGUUACUUAAAAAAAAAGAAAGUGAUGUUGCCGACGAAGAACAAAUAGAUACCGAAAAUAUUCCAUUACUAUCUUCAUCGUCGCAUCAAACACCCCAUGCACCGUUUUCAAAUCUAAUCAAUAAAAUCAAUGGUUUCAUGAAUGCACCUCUCUAUGCCGCAUUAAUAGCAAUAAUAGUAGGAACGAUCCCCACUAUAAGAUCCCUAUUCUUUGGAGAGUCUGCAAUCCUCUACACAGUGAUAACACGGCCAGUACAAUAUAUAGGUGAAAUAGCAAUUCCAUUCACGAUCCUCCUUCUCGGUGCACAACUAAAUAACAUUUCACCACACAAAAGUCGCGAACUACUCCCAAUAAUCUCUUACAUUAUGACAUGUCGAUUUAUAAUUAUGCCAAUUAUCGGGAUCUCAUUAGUGGUGUUAACUAGAGGCUGGUAUUUCGAUGAUCCGAUGUUAUGGUUUGUGCUAAUGCUGGCUGCUAGUGGACCAACUGCUAUCAAUACUAUGAAUAUGGCACAGAUUACUGGUUCUUUUCAAGAGGAGGUCGCCGCUUUGUUAGCUUAUUCGUAUAUUGCUUUGGCGCCGAUGAUCACUGUUUUUACGAUGAUUAUGUUGAGCGUUAUUGAAAGUUUAACUCAUCAAGAUCAUAAUUAA